CAUCGCCUGCAACGCCGCCUCCUGCACCCCGCGGAACCGCGCCUCCGGCCCCAACAUUCGCCGCAAUGCCGCCCCGAUGUCCACCUGCCGCAUCCUCUUCCACCGCCGCUCCUCCUCCGCCGUCGCCUGCUGCGUUACGUCGGCCAAUCGGCAUGGCCUGGCCUCCCCGCCGCCGCUGCCCCCUUCGCGCACGACGGAAUCGAACAUGCAAAACGCGUGCCACUCGCGGCUGACCCGCCGGAACCCGAUCCGCCGUGCCUCGGUACUGAACAACGACUCCGCCGUCGACCGCCUGUAAAUGACCUCGCCGAUCCGCGCCCCGUGCCCGCUCUGCGCGUGGAACGCCUCCCCGACCCCCCGCCCGGCCAUGUCUCGACUCUCUUCGUCCUCGCCCUCGGCCGUGUCCGCGUUGUUCAUCAUCUCGAUCACCGGCUUGUUCCGGAUGUAUCGCUGGUAAAUCGCCUUGACGCUGUGCCGCCACGACAUGAUGCCCAACUUCUCGCCCAUGUACUGAGACGACACCGUGCCGAUCUGCCGGCUGAUACGGUUCGUAUCCCACACGUCUGCCUGCCACCACGUCUCCUGGCCUGCAUCCUCCUCCCCGGCCCUCCCCAGCUUCUCUCUUUCUUCUAGCUCGUCUCUUUCUUCUCCCUCUCCAUCUCCC